GCUAAUAUCAUAUUAGCUUACACAGAACAGAGUACAGAUAUCGUCCGGUGAUAAUCGAGGGCUUUAAAUUCUGUCGCUUUGCUAGUCCGAACGGACGUAAAAAAAAGUGUGGGUGGUUCCUUCUAAAGGUAAUACAGUUAUGAGCAGUGGAAGAUGUCGAAAAGAAACGCCAGAGCCGUAGUCGUUGACUGUUUCCAGGACAGAUCUUCCAUCCACUCCAUUCUAACAAACACAGAAGAGCUCAUCAGCGGAAAUACCGACAUCGACAACCACGUCUUCUUCAUCACGCCGAUCAACUUGAAUGACGUCAUCAGCAGUAGUGUUUCCAUUACGUCCGUUUUUACCCGCCACCAAGUCGUCACGAGUUCAAGCAAAAUCGGGGCGUUUUAUAAAGCGAAAACAGAUUUCGAUUUAAAGGAUAUUGAAGAUAUUCUAAUAGUGUGUUGCCUUGAAGGUCUGACAUUUUGGACUAAUACGUGUGAAAUUUUGCUGACACCUGUCCAUCAGUGGCAAAUAAAAACUCUCCCAGAAGCAGGAACAACAACUACAAAAACAAAUGCUACUACAGCUGUGUCGAAAGUACGAGACAAGGAUGAUGGAAUCGAUGAUUUAAAAGUCACCAUAACCAACUAUCUGCAGAGUAUCGAUCCUAUAGGGCAACUGAACAUUCUGCAUUCACCACUGUUUGAAGUGGACCAGUUUGUUCAUGGGUUCACCACGAGGACAGGAGGAAUCACCACAAUUCCACCCAUGAGCUCCUUAAACCUCCACUACACAGUCAAGAAAAGAGAUCCUCCAAUUGUCAUCAAGGAAAACCUAAGACGUGUCGCGACCGCGGCGGGUUUUGAUCUUAAGACCUUCCACCCCUUGAAGCCAGAACACGGAAAUGCAGUUUGGGUAAUGGACAAAGAAGAACCGGUGAAGUAUGACGGAAUUGUGACCAAUCGGAGAGGCGUAACCUUAGCAGCGCCUGGGGCAGACUGUAUACCCGUCAUUUUUGCAGAUCCGGUGAAGAUGAUCUGUGGGGCCGUGCAUGCGGGUUAUCGAGGCACGGUCAUGGCAGCGGUAGUGGAGACACUGCGGGUAAUGGUUAGCGUUUAUAACUGUGAUCCCAAAGACGUCCGCGUUGCCAUGGGACCGGCCCUCCGACCGUGUUGCGCUGUGCUCGAACCCGACGAUCCGACAGUUGCAGGUCUUGCGGCCAUCAGUCCAAGUUGUGUGGGCCGGGACAAAGCGGGGAAGCCUUGCGUGGACAUGUUCAAAGCAAACACCAUCAUGUUGCUGAAAGAAGGAAUUCUUCCUGAACACAUAGACGAUAGAUCGGCAGGAAUCUGCACGUUCUGCAAUAAGGACAAAUGCUUCUCACACCAAAGAGAUGGUAUUCCUUUUGGGAAUCAAGUCGGGUUCAUUCGAAUGCUGUAGAAUAUGAUGUGAUGUAUGAUUUGUCUUAAUAGUACUAUUCAUUUCCAUACAUUCCAUAUACAUACACACAUACAUACAUACAUACAUACACAUACACACACGCACACACACACAUACACACACACACACAUUCACACACACACACACACACACACACACACACACACACACACACACACACACACACACACCUAUCACUAGUAAUCCCUAUCACUAGUAAUAAGGCUUAAAUUACAUAUGUAUUUGUUGAUUCAGAUGUUUGUUCAUGUAAUUAAUGUAUAUUUAUGUUACUGUUACUGCAGAUAAAUGUAUAUUAUAUUGUUAUUUUUGCUCUGCCCAUAUUCGGGUGUUAUGCAAAUAAAUUAUUCUUAUUCUUAUUCAUACACACACAUAUAUGUAUAUGAUCUUUCCAAUGUUUAUAGUGACUUAGAACAGUUUUAAAACCUUUAGUGCAUCAAGUCUGUUUGAUUGGAAUGUUGUAGAAUAGUUUUUUUACUUAUGACUUUUUUUGUUAUAGUACUAUUAAUUUCUACACAUUCCAGAACAUAUUUUUGGUCUUUCCGAUGUUUGUAGUAACCUAAAACAGUUUUCGUAUAUAUGACAAUGACGUCAAAAGCAGUGGGGUUAUCACUGCCCCAAACCCUCUACUGUGAAGAUUAUGUUGUUGUUCCUCUAGUUGAAAAAUGACAAUGUUGAUGGUAUGCAUGCGGCACAGUUGUUAUCAGUCACGGCACAAUUGUUAUCCAUCACGGCACAGUUGUUAUCAGUCACGGCAGUACUAAAUAUUAUAGGUAACUUCAAACUAAUGGGUUGUUUAAAUACGACAGAGGUCAACCUACUUUCAGUCACCAAACAAAUUAAACUGCUUCAGCAAAUAACAAGUACCGGCCUCGGUGGUGUCGUGGUUAAGCCAUCGGACAUAAGCCUGGUAGGUACUGGGUUCACAGCCUGGUACCGGCCUCGGUGGUGUCGUGGUUAAGACAUCGGACAUAAGGCUGGU